AUCGCCGCUUCAAAAGCUUAGCGUAUGUUAAUCACCGUGCAUUUAGAAUUAUUUAUUCGCACCGUGACCUCCUCGACAACUCCCAUCAUACGACCAAACGUCGCUUCAAAACUCGUAGUUCAGAAAAAAAACAAGUUGGAAAUUAUUCUCGCUUGACAAGAUGGGGUCGUGUAUGAGCAUGAUUUGCCAGUGUCAUCUCUGUAGGUGUUGUGAAUGCGGUCCCAAGUGUUAUUGUUGUCGAUGCUGCAAGCACUGGUUCGGAGAUUGGUGGAUGUGCAGUGACUGCUGCGAUGAUUUUUCUGAUGAAGAGUAUUACCCAGUUAAUCCAACGAAAAACGAUAAAGAAGCGCCGCCGGAUGACGGAGAAGGGAUGUAUAAAUAUCCCAAUGGGGACGUGUACGUUGGUGAAUGGAGACGGGGCAAGCGACAUGGUUAUGGAGAACUUGUGAAGAAGGACGGAACACAAGUUGUUGGCUUCUUCUACGAUGAUGAAUAUGUGGGUGAGAAACCAGACGAGAGACUGAGAAGGAGUCCUGUGACGUCACGACCCUUCAGCAAGAUUCAAGCGGGCGAGGAGGGCGAUGCGUCUGGAACAAGAAAAGAGGAUCAAGAAGCGAUCGAUCAAGCCUGGAAAGAAGAGAAACAAAAGAUAAACUCGGACACGAAUGGCGCACAAUCCUACUCAACCAUUAAGAACGGCAAUGAGUAACAAACUUACGACCCUUUCGUCUAAGAUUCAUUGCCACAUUCAAUUAACAGACUUCAUUUAAAAAUAUCGUAAUAUUUGCAUUAAUUUUGUGCCUUUUCGAUGGAAGCUCGGUUCUUAGCAGCUAGUGUAAUAUUAAAUAAAUGCCACGAGUCAAAAUGUAUAAGUUUAAGUACUGACACUGUGGGGCAGGUCCCUGAACCUUUGUACGAGCUAUAUCCAGUGAAGUUUCAGAAGACAAAAACACAACCACAAGGUUGUUGAUAACUAACUGGAGAACAUGGCACACUCGAAAACUUAAGAAUAGUUUACAUAGUUAAGAGGAAGAGGUAGAUUUUACGCCCAGAAGUGGGUGAAGCUUUCUUUCCUGUGAGCUUUAACAUUGAAAAGUUUAAAUGCUCGACAGGUGAAAAUAAGUGGACCAUAUUCUUUGCUUCUGUCACAAACUUGCAGAUCUUUCUCGUAAGGUUGAGUAUGUGUAAAACUAAGUUGUAGCAUAUUUCAAGAAAAUAGACUCCUUUCAGACGUGACAAGCCCAA